AUGUCCCCUAGAACCUCUCAUGAUAUCGAACGGGAUAUCGACAAGAGCCAUGUUGACAACGUCGAGGUUGUUCCCAAUGCUGUGGCCAACGCCGACAGACCAAAUCCUAGGAAGGAGGCUCCAGCCUACGUGGCUGGCCUCACUCCCGAGGAACGUGAGAAGGCAGAGAAGGCUCUGGUCCGCAAGAUCGACCUUCGCCUUCUGCCCAUGAUCAUCAUCAUGUACAUUCUCAACUACCUGGACCGGAACAACAUCGCAGCUGCCAAAUUGGCCGGUCUUGUGACCGACUUGAACUUGGUAGGUGUGGAAUAUCAGACCUGCGUCAGCAUCCUGUUCGUGGGAUAUCUCUUAAUGCAAAUUCCAUCUAAUCUACUACUGAACAAAUUCGGAAAGCCUGCCCUCUACCUUCCCGGUGCAAUGAUGCUAUGGGGUAUAAUUUCUACCUGCACAGCUGGGGCUCAGAGUUAUGCCGGAUUGGUCACUGUUCGAUUUUUCCUCGGUUUCGUUGAAGCUGCUUAUUUCCCCGGCUGCCUCUACUUCUUGAGUGCCUGGUAUACUCGUAAGGAACUUGGAUUCCGGACUGCAGCCCUCUACUCCGGUUCCCUCAUCUCUGGUGCCUUCUCCGGGCUCAUUGCAGCGGGAAUCACCGAAAACAUGGACUACAAGAUGGGUCUCCGAGCAUGGCGCUGGCUCUUCAUCAUCGAAGGUGCAAUUACUAUUGUCGUUGCCUUCCUCUCAAUCUUCAUUCUGCCCAACUUUCCACGAACCACUGGAUGGCUCACCGAGGAAGAGAAGGAGCUGGCUGCUUGGAGAUUGGAGGAGGACAUUGGCGAGGACGACUGGGUGGACAGUGAGCAGCAGACCUUCCUGCAUGGUGUCCAAUUGGCCUUUACCGAUAUUAAGACCUGGAUUCUCAUGCUGCUCAUCUUGUGUAUUGUCUCCUCUGCCUCCGUGACGAACUUUUUCCCGACCGUCGUCAAAACCCUCAACUACGGCAACAUUGAAACGCUUCUUCUCACGGCCCCUCCAUACUGUCUGGCUGUCAUCUGUGCCUUUGCCAAUGCCUGGCACGCCGACCGCACUGGCGAGCGGUACUUCCACAUUACUCUCCCUCUAUACUUCUCUGUGGCGGCUUUCAUCAUCGCUGCUACCACCACCAGUAUUGGACCACGCUAUUUCUCCAUGAUGCUGAUGGUUCCAUCACUAUACACGGGCUACGUGGUAGCCUUGGGCUGGAUCUCGAGCACGCUUCCUCGUCCGGCAUCGAAGCGUGCCGCAGCUCUGGCAGGCAUCAACUGCGUCAGUAAUGCCAGCAGUAUCUACGCCAGUUAUAUGUACCCCGACAGCGAUGCUCCACGAUACAUCACGGCUAUGAGUGUCAACUGCGUCACCGCGUUCGUGGCCAUCCUGUCUGCCACUGCCCUCCGUUUCAUCCUCGUCCGACUGAACAAGAAGCUUGACCGUGGUGAGGGAAUUAGCGAUGCUGUUUCCUCCGGAGGUGUCCCGGGCCAGGCCAGCUCCAGGGGCUUCCGUUUCUUGGUUUAA